UCAUUAAACGCUUUCAUCUUUAAACGAACGUUUUUAGAACUCGGAACUUCGUCAAGAACGCGAUAAUCUUGAAAUCCAACUUGAGAAAGCUCGUCAACAGUUGUAUGAAAUUACCCAAGGAAAAAGUGUUGAUGAAUUUGAACAAGACAUUGCAGAUCUAAAAGAAAAGAAAACACGACUGGAAACCCAAAUUAUUGAAAGCGAAACCGAGAUGGAAGUGCUCAAAGGGAAAAUCGAUUCGGUUUCGCAAGAAAACGAAGAUCUCAAGACGAAGGUUGGUCAGAUAAGACCAUUCGAAGACGAGUUCCGUCGGCUUCGAGAUGAGGUUGAGGAAUUACGGGUGAAAGAGGCAGAUCACUCAAAGUUGCAGCAAGCUUAUGAACAGCUCAAGAAUAAGGCCAAAGAUAGCAGUAACGAUAGAGCAGAGCUUCUGGUUCUGCGCGAGAAGGUAAAGUCCUAUGUUGAACAUGGGAUGCUAUUAGAGGAUGAGCAACGCAAAAAUAAGACUCUACGUACGCAAAUGGGCUCUUACAAAGCGCUAUCGGAAGAGAAAUCUCGAGAAAAUGACAAACUGAUUAUCAAAGUUGACAAGUUGGAGCACGAGCUCGCAACUGCCAAAGAUCGUCUAGCAGCCGCGGAAACCCGAGUCGAAGGUCUUGUGCAGGAGAAGAUCAUUCUGGAAAACAAGAUCGCUCAUGAGCGUGAGUAUCCUCGUAUUAUGAUUGCAAUUCCGAUGAUGCCAUUGAUGUAUGCCAUGCUGAAAAUUAUCCUAUCCCAUAUAUUCAGGUUAAUGCUUAAAGUCUAG